ACCCUCCACUCUUUUCCAUCUCCAGCAUUGUGCAACAUGUUGUCCAUGGCGCAUUCGUCUACGGUAGCUCAGGUUUGAUUUCUAACUUGAUGGCCAAUUCUCCUCCCCUCCUUCUUUUGCUUCCUCUAGGCUGGUUCAACCUUCUCACUUUCGACCGCCUCCAUCACUUCCCCUAGUGCCCCUAAUGCUUUCUUAUUGCCAGGGCAGCGGCGGCUCUACUGCUGGGCGGGGGUACGUGGCGGGCCAGGCUGCUGAGAGGCAAUUCACCCUGCGCGCGGUCGCGGUGGGUUUGCUUGUUGGGACGGUGGUGAAUUUUUCCAAUAUGUACUUUGGAUUGCAAACGGGAUGGGUAUCCAUGAUGUCGAUGCCUUCUUCACUGAUUGGCUUCGCGAUAUUCAAGAGCUGCGCGAAGCACUUGGAGUUUCCGUUUACUCCUGUUGAGAAUGUCCUUGUACAAACCGUAGCAGGAGCCGUGGGCUCAAUGCCCCUCUCCGCGGGCUUCGUUGGUGUUGUUCCCGCUCUCGAAAAAUUACUCAAACCCGAGGAAGGGGGUCCGCUAAGAAUCGGUACACCACAAUUGAUGUUCUGGAGUAUUGGCGUAGCGUUCUUUGGGGUUUUUUUCGCCGUGCCAUUGCGAAGGCAGGUUAUUAUCAGAGAGAAAUUGAAAUUCCCAAGUGGGACUGCGACGGCAUUGAUGAUUUCUGUUUUGCACGGGAGUGGAAAGGUGGCUGCUAGGGGAGGUAGUGGAGACGAGCGAGAGGGAUUGGUUUCUGGCAUGGAUGAGGAAGAAGAGCGGGAGGGGGGUCGGGAAGUGCAGGAGGAUGCAGGAAGGAAGGAGAGCUGGGGACAGAAAAAUAGGUUAUUGGUUUAUUCUUUUGCACUUAGCGGGACUUGUACAUUCAUCUCUUACUUUUUCCCCAUUCUCCGGGACCUCCCGAUCUUCGGCUCCGCCGCCGCAAGCACCUGGCUCUGGACACUAAACCCUAGCCCGGCAUACGUAGGCCAGGGCAUAAUCAUGGGGACGGGCACAACGUUGCACAUGCUUCUCGGGGCGAUAAUCGGCUGGGGUGUACUCUCCCCGUUCGCAAGAUAUAAAGAAUGGGCCCCUGGCCCAGUGAGUGACUGGACUACCGGCAGUCGUGGAUGGCUUGUAUGGGUUAGUUUGGGUAUUAUGUUGAGCGACAGCGUGAUCUCCCUUGGUGGUUUGAUCCUAGAACCAAUUAUCAAGUCUCUUUGGCGGCGGUGCAAGAAGGUGUCCAGGGGCAGGGAGGGGUACGAGAGACUUAUGGACGGCGGUGGCGGGAGUGAGUAUGAGGAAGGAGACGAGGCUUGGGGACUUUGCAGACGGAGAAGCGGGAGGUCGGGGGUGGGUGAACAAGGCGGUGAAUCGCCUGGGGAGGAUGCUCCGGAUGAGCACCUCGUCCCAAUGAAAACCGUAAUAAUAGGCCUCCUAGCAUCUGGCCUGCUCUGCAUAAUCGCUGUAGAAGUCGUUUUCAGCAUGGUUCCUCUCUACGCCACCGCAAUAGCCUUCCUCCUGGCAUUAAUCCUUAGUGAAAUGGGUGUCCGCGCACUCGGCCAAACAGACCUAAACCCCGUCUCGGGCAUCUCAAAACUCACCCAACUCUUCUUUGCCCUGAUAACCCCACCCAGCCAUCCCUCCUCAAUAAUCACCAACCUAGUGGCGGGCGCCAUCUCAGAAGCUGGCGCCCAACAAGCCGGCGACAUAAUGCAAGACCUAAAAACCGGCCACCUCCUCAGCGCCUCCCCUCGGGCACAAUUCCACGGCCAACUCAUCGGCUCCGCAUUCGGCGCCAUCAUUUCCGCUGGCGUGUAUCGUCUAUACACAUCCGUGUACCCGGUCCCUGGCAAGCUAUUCCAAAUCCCCACGGCGUACGUGUGGAUCGACUGCUCGAGACUGGUGUUCGGACAGGGACUGCCGGAGGGUGCAAGGGGGUUUGCGGUGGGCUUUGCGGUGUUGUUCGCGGUGAUUACUGCAUUGAGGGGGUGGGCCACGUUGGGGAAGGGGAGGUGGGCGGGGUACUUGCCCGGAGGAAUUGCGGUGGCUGUGGGCAUGUAUAACGUUCCGAGUUUCACCCUGGCUAGGGCUUUUGGCGGGCUUGUGCAAUGGUGGUUCGGUGGACGGGGGCAAGACGCAGAGGCUGGAUUGGUGGUUUUUGCUUCGGGAUUGGUCUUGGGUGAAGGGGUUGUCAGUAUUGUGAACUUGGGCAUGGCGAGUUUUGGGGUGCCGCAUUUCUGAUAUGGGGUUUUUUUUGUACUGUACUGUACUGUACUUGACUGGAGACUAGAUUGGUUGGGUUAUCAUUGUAGUUUCCUAGCCUUUAUUUUCAUUCCAGCUUUUCGGAUAGUCUCGGCAUUUCCAGAAUCAUACCUAAUGACGCAUAAUCUCUAUUACAAAA